GAUACCUUACAAGGUCAGUAGUGCCUCCUCUGGUGACCUCCUGAUUACCAUGGUCAGUGAUGAUAAACAAUCGAAAGUUGUCCGUUACUCUGGUUCCACAGAAAAACAAGCCAUUCAGUUUGAUAGUGAAAGUAAACCCCUGUAUUCAUCUGGUGACCUUAAAUACAUAAGUGAGAACAGGAACCAUGAUAUCUGUGUGGCUGAGUAUGGAGCCUGUGCAGUAGUGGUUGUUAAUGAGGCAGGAAAAUUCCGAUUUAGAUACACUGGUCGUCCCUCUACUACCAAGGGAUCUUUUAAUCCAGUCGGCAUCACAACAGACAGCCCGAGUCGGAUCCUGACAUCAGACAUUAACAAACACCGUAUCCACAUCCUCGAUCAGGAUGGACUGCUCCUCCGUUACAUUGAUAACUGUUAUCUACACAACCCAUGGGGUUUAUGUGUAGACACCAGAGACAACCUCCUUGUAGCUGAGUUAAACAAUGGUAAAGUGAAGAAAAUCAAAUACAUGUAA